AUGAGCGUUUGCCUGCAGGCUAUAGAUGAACUUGAGGCCAAUCUCAACGCCGCCCGUGGACAGCUCAUUGACGAUGAGAUGCAUCACGGCCCACCAUCCAUUCUAUUCCAGCCGCAACCAGUUGGAGAGAUCGACGAAGGUCAACCGAUUUAUUUCGAGGUGCAGGUACAGCCAGCGGCAGACGCAACACUGACUGUUGAGUGGUAA